CACCAUAGCCUUUGCUGUGGGCAACCAACUGAUAGAUUAUGAUCACCUAGCCCAGCUAGUCAACACAGUUGAUGCUGGUUCUCGCAAACUCUUUAGUGUGGUCUCCAAGAAUCUUCUGAUAGAAGAAGUUAAGGAGUUUGGAAACUCAAAAGCCAAGAAGACAAAAGACACACCAAUGUAUAGUGAAAUAUGUGAGGCAGCAAAACCCCACCUGGAUCUUGGUGAGGACAUUCCUCUGCAGCUGCUUAGCAAGAUUCUUAAAUGGAAGCUGUUGGCCAUCAAGCAGAAAGACCAGAAAAGACGAGAAGAUGAAAAAAAAGGCAAUAGUGACAAGGACAAGAAAGGUGGAAAGGAAAAGGGAGCAAGAAGUAAAUCUCCAGUGAAAGGGAAAGGAAAGAAAUCUCCUGAAGUCCCCUCACCAAAGAAAGAAAGCAAACUAAAGAAGAGAGGAGAAGAUGACGAUGAAAACAAAUAUAUUGAUGAUGAGCCUGAUGAUGGUCCUCAACAUUACAUUAUUAUAGAGGGUUUCACUGAUGCCCCCCUCUUACCCCUCCUUAGUGAUCUACAGGUCAACGUGGAUAGUAUCAUUAAAAUGAAUUCUGAAAACUACGAAAACUAUGAAAAAAUGAAGAAACAAUUACAAGAUGAGGAAGAUGAUGAUCCUAAGCUACCGGAAAUACUUGAAGCGGAAGAGAUUGAAAGAGAGAAAAAAUCAGUGGCGUUGAAGAAGUUCUGGGAUCAGCAUGAAAAGAUGUUGAGGAGAAGUCCAAAAGAAUCAAAGCUGCACGAUGUUGCCCGGCUCACAUACACUGUCCAGGAGAAGAUUAUACCCACUGAUCUCAAUGACAAUGAACAGAAGAUGGGGUUUGGCACUGUAUUGUUUGAGGACAUAGCUUGCAUGAUGUACGACCUCCUUGAUUUGAAACGGCAGUAUCUCAACUACCGUGCGAACAUGAAGCUGUUGACGAUUCCAUGUCCUAACGCUCCAGCAGCACCGUCAGUUCCAGAUAUGCAGUCAUCUGUGUCUCUUCCCCCAACUAGCCUCCAACAGAUGCAAGGGGAGCCACUACUAGAGCAGAAGGAAAAACUAUCGGAGGUUGACAUGCGUUACUAUAAUGAGAUGAUGAACUCUUUACCUCAUGAGAGUGUCAGCGUACCAUUGAUGCUUCACUGUAUGCUUGAACAGGUUGUAGCCUCUGAAGAAGGUAAAGUCCCACCAAGUGAAACUGCUUUGCAGCCGAGGGAUGAUGGCUUAAACCAUAGCUUGGCUAGGCAUGUCAACGAGGUGGCACUCAAGCUAACAAUUCACAAUGAUACUAGGAAGCAUAUUGAGGAGGAAAUGAAAAUACAGAAGAAAGAGACAGGGAAUGGUGUAAAGCAACCGUAUCUGAUAAAUUUCCACGACAAAAUGGCGUACCGUCUUCACCAUUUGAAAGAAAUCAAUGGAUUUAAUCCCAUUGAAUCAGAAAAAAAUAUGCUCAACAGCACAUCAUGCGCUAGGUUAGGCAAAUUCCCACGACCAGCAGCAGGGAUCGUAAAAGAACGUGCCGCACGCUUGCAGGAGUUGAUGUACUUCUGUGCCAGUGGGGAGCUUACCGCAAUUGAAAUUGAUCGAGCCUUCAAACAGUUUGUAUUCGAAAGUCUCCAGUUACGUGACACUGAGGAAGACGGUAAAGUACGAGAUGCGACGAAAGAGGAUAUUGUCUGGGAUGACCCUUAUGCACUCUAUCAGCAACCUCAAGAGAAUUCUCUGGUUGAAGAACAAGUGACAACUGAGCAAGCACCUAGGUCUAGGCCUGGAACUGGUAUCCUGAGACCUGAUCAACCACUGCGAUCAAAAUCCCGUCAAGGGUCAGCUGGAAGUGUCAAGUCCAUCAGAAGCACAGCAAUGUCUUUCCAAAGUCCUCAACUACGGGUUCAUUUUGAAAAGGAUGCCGAUGGCCAACCGAUCAUCCCAGAGAAAGAGAUUCUGAAAACGCCAGAGGUAACACUGUCUACCCGUACAUCUUCAACUAAUUUGAAUCUGGAGGAUGAAAUAGUACAAGCUGUGGAUGUUGGAAUUGGUGUCAGAGAUCUUGCAGAGUGCCAGCUGCGGAACCUGGAUGAGUGGUCCUACGCUGAAUAUCUGGAGCCGCAUGUCCUUCUUCAGGUGUUACAAGAAGCUAAUCAAGUUCAUCCUUAUAUUGAUACUUACUUUCAUAAGAGAGACCAUUCCCUGAUGGUUGUGAUGCAUAAUCCCAUUGGACAAGAGCUGAUGAACUAUGACACCUGGAACACACAACUUCACUCUGACGUAGGAUUCAGAAACUACCUAGAACACAUUGCAAGCUCAAUUGAGGAUUGGACCCAAGCGGAAGAGAAGAAACAUCAAGCUAUAAUGCAUGAGAAAGAGAUGGAGGCCAUGAGAAAGGCAGCAGAAUCACCAGCUUUGACCAGCUCUCGUGCCGCAUCAUCAAAGAGCAGAACACGCUCUCAGUCACCGAAGAAAAGCAGAUCAAAGUCUCCACGGGGGAGAAAAAGUGUUAGCCCUACCCAGUCUGUCGACCAUUUAGACCCAGAUGGAGGCAACUUUAUGCGACCAAAUUCCAUGAAGGCUUGGAAAAUUGAGAAUGACAAACUGAAAGAAGAAGAGAGGAAACAGAAGGAGAAGGGUGCGAAGAAAAGUCGAUCACGCUCCAGGUCAGCCUCCCCAAAGAAAACUGAAGACAAGGAGAAAGUGAAGGAUAAGAAAAGGGAAGGUUCCAGCAGAGGGAAGGGAAAGAAAGAUGAGAAGGAGAAUGUUGGUGAAGAACCACCUGCUGAAACACCAGAAGGAAUGACAGAAGGAAUAACAGAGACAAUAUAUCCGUUUAUUGGUUAUGAUGUUGGGAAUAAUUUAAUUCAUGUGAGUGGUCAAACAAAAACACUGUUCCCAAGUGAUGGUGGCCAAAUUCGUGCGGAGACUACAAACUUCAUACAAGGAUCAAGCUUCGUAAAGACUACGGUGUUAAAAGACGGACAUGUCUUCGGAAUUCAUCUACUUGAUCCUAAGGCAAUGAAAGUGGAAGACGAAUCCUUGAAGGAGAAUGAGCUCAACUUUAAUGAGAAGGCCGAGAGUGAGCAGCCCGAGAAAACUGAUGCAGAAAAAGAGACGGAAAUGAACUUGGAAGAGAAGAAAGCACUGAGUAAAUUUGGAGCAUUCACAGCUCACCUUAAUGAUGGAAUGAUCUUGUCAUACAGUUGUUUUGGCAACAGUGGAAAACCCAAAGGCUCUGAAGAGGAAGAAGAAGUAGAAAUAUUCAUUCCCCCACCUCCAAGCCCUUCACCUCCUCCCCAGUCGCCUUCACCGAAAGGACGAGCGGGAUCUGGCAAGAAAGGAAAGAAACAGCAACAGCAGCAGCAACAACAGGAACAAGAAAAACUUGCGCAGCAACAACUGAUAGAGCAGCAGCAGAAAGAGGAGGAAGAAAGAAAAAGUAAAGCAAUGGAGGAGCAAGCCAAGACACCAGACCUGAAGCUGCCUGAGUUUCAGCAGCUGCAUAUCUCAUGUCCAGAUGGCCUAUCUGUCAACUACUGCCUAGAAUCGGAAGUGACACCUGAGACUAUUGAUGUGCCAGUCAGACUGUUAGUUAAACAAGCAUACCCUGUGAAGACAGCCCAGAAGCAAGACUGUGAGGCUGCACGCAAAAUCCCUGCUAUGAUGGAGGAAUCACGCAUUGUCACCAGCAAUGGUGCUGUUAUCAAAUUCAUGAUUGAUGGUACAACACAGGUGCUUUUUCCUGAUGGGACAGUAAGCGGAGGUACUGGCCCAGGACCAGUAGCCCCAGCUAAACCUCCCACUAGUCCACCAACAAGUAGAGAGGCAUCACCAUCUAGAUUUAGCAGUGCCUUGAGUAGUGAUCUUCAGCAUAAGAAAAGCAGUGUGAAAGCAACGGCAGCUAAAGGCAUGUCACAAAUAACUGAAGAAUUGCAAGAGGAGCCACAGAAACCAACUGAAUGGAUAACAACAGCGCCCUCUGGUGAUCGACUUGGAACCAAGGGAGAUGGCAGUGUGUUUGAAGUUCCACCAUUGAUGCUUUAUUCUGCAACAGACCCCAUGACAAAGGAGGUUAUGACAACAAGGGAGGACCGAGUAGUAACCGUUGACCGUCCAGAUGGCACCAGGAUAGUGGAUCAUAGUGAAGGGACAAGAAUCACAACAUUUUACACCAAGAUAGAAGCUAGGGAUGAGAUGUCCUCAGACCAAGCAGAAACGGGUGAAGUGCAACAUCCUGUAAUCCAUGAUGUGCAGCACGUCAAAGUUGAAUGCGUGGGAUUUGCCACUGUAAUAAUGAACUGUGAGGACAGUAUUGCCACAACUGUAUUCCCAAACGGAACACAGGUUAUAACCAUGCCCGAUGGAUCUUACGAAGUCCUGCAUCACGAGGGUUCACGAAUGACCAUAGAUUCGGAUGGAAUGUGUGCGUAUUUACCAAAGCCAGAUAAUCUGAAUAUUGUGGAGAAUCUGACAACACCGAGCGUGUACAUGAUGCGACACAGUGAUGAGAAGAUUUUGGAACUGAGGGAUGGUAAUGGUAACUUCUUCACAGUAAUGAAUACGGGUGAGGUGGAUGUGUUUGUGCGGCCGAGACCUGCAAAAGAGGAUGCCGGUGGCAAUGCAGAAGCAGAAGAAUUCAUUGAUGAGAAAGAAGGUCAAGAAAAGUCGAACAAAAUCUUGAUAGAAGAAAUGGAACAAUUCAACGAACAUCCACCCCGAUUCUUUAUCAUCAAGAGCGAUGGUAGUGGGAUGGAGCUGCUUCGGCAUCGUAACGUCAUGGACUAUUUGUCAAACGCAGAAUGCGAUCCAACUUCUGCUAUCCUCGGUGAUCCUCUACCUGAUCAUCCAGGCAUGACAGGUAUCACUAUUAUGCGUCCGUACACCGAGAACAUUUGCAAAACGUGGCUGAUGCAGCUCGACGAACCAAACAUCAUCCCACGUAACCUGCGUUCCAGAGAUUUCAAAACUUUACCAGCGUGGGAAGGUAAAACACCUGGACCUAAGUUUGGUACAAAUGUAGGUAAAGGUGUUGCUAUUGGGUCUGUUCACCGUCCACCAAAAACAAUACCACCACCGAAGUGCCCAAAGGCGCUUGAGGUUCGUCAGUUGAUUCAGUAUGCAAGUAUUACAGCUGAUAUUCGUGCUCAGAUGAAAGAUGGUCUGAGAGCAUAUGCAGAGCACAUCAAAGAGAAACAAGAAGCAUGGAAGGCACAAGAAAUUUAUGAUCCAAGGGAUGCAAAAGAGAAAGUCCAAGCUGGAGAUCUAUUGGCACAAAUUCUUGCAGAGGUUGACGACGAAGGAGAAAACAAAGACAAAAACCAGUUACAGACACCCACUAUGACAUCCGAGGCUUUACCUCAAUCUUGUACAUCAGAGAGCGCCUCUCAACCCAAAGUUGAAGCAGCAACCAAACCAACCUCAAUGAUCCAAUUACCAGCUGACCAAGGAUUUGGCUCAGGUCUAAGAGACCUGAAAUCUGAGAGUGACAUUGUUGGGGUGUAUGAGAAGGUGACAGCACCACCAUCCCCACCCCCGCAGCCAAGAUCAACUGCUAGAUAUUCCAAUGAAGAUUGGCAGAAAAUUCGGACUGAAUUAGAAGAGGAGAAAAACUGCCUUAAUGCUUUAAAAAACAGAGAGGUUCCGCCUUACUUUAGUUGGGAUUUGGGUAAAAGUUUUCUGGCAUCGAACCACCCUGACAUGACGGCUCUCAGCAAUGAUCUAGCCAAACCCAAAAAGCCCACCAAGCCCUCAGUGAUAUUACCAGCUGACAGCCUGCCUAAUACUCCCACUGACUCUCCUGGAGAAACCCAGCAAGUCAGUAUCAACGUCUCUGAUGGUGUGUCAGCAGCAACUUCCCUGAAGGCAGCUGCAACAGCUCAGACAGACAGCUCGCCAUCCCCGAGCACUCAAGUUACCAAUGUAGUUGUAUCUAGUCCAUCAGAUGUUAGGCCGACAAACCCAACCCCAGGUCAUGCUACCGGACAAGGGACACCCACGCCAUUGAGGCCAACUAACCCAACUCCCGCACACGCAUCACAAACUCAAGGACUUGUCAGACCUGGCAAUCCAACACCAGCAGGCAAUCAAGAUAUGACAAGCGAUACGCCAUCUAGCCAUACAUCCAUCCCCCUCCAUGCUUCCACUAUCCCAGAACACAAUGAGGAAGGCUUAGAUGUUGAUAUAAACCAACCCACCGUGACACAAGAAACAACCAAACUAUCAGACAACUAUCAACAUGAAAUUGUAGAGGAUUUCCCUUCAGCUAGAGAAAAUCUCAUAUUUACCAGAAGUCUGGUCGUUGACGUAAACGGUGAACCCAGGAAAGACAAGGUGAACUUACCAAGCUCCAUACUAGGACAGAAGCCUGGUGCCUUACCUAACCAAAAGUUUCAAGAGGUGGAAGACCCUGUGCGCAACAAGACUUUCAACUCCUCAAUUGCAGGGGCAAAGAUGAAAGGUUUUUCCGACCUGAACAAGAUCCGAGGCUUUGAACUGUACCCGGGACAAGUCAACUUUGGUGUAGUGCGUGAAGGUUGUACUUAUACAUUUAAUGUACUGCUGAAAAAUAUUGGAGUGGACAGCUGUCGCUUUAAGGUUAAACAACCACCACCAUCUACUGGACUAAAUGUCAUCUACAAAUCAGGACCGGUUGCUGCUGGAAUGAAUGUAACAUUACAAUUGGAACUGUAUGCCAUAGCUGUAGGGGUCAAAGGUGGUAGCGGUCAAGGAUCUAUAGGUCAUCAUGUGGAGAUUUCAACAGAGGUUGACACGCUCUUCCUACCAGUAACAGCAGAUAUUUUGACUGCUCAUGUUUAUGAUGAACAAUGUCGUAUUCAUGGUAACAUUUCAGUCAGUCCUGGAGUUCGGUUAGUUUCUGCAAGACCGCCCUCACGGGAUGGUGUCAUCAGACCACGCAAAGAUCGCUCUCAGGAAUCCACUGAAUUUGACAGCCAACUUGUUCAGUAGACAGGAUCUUCUAUAUUCCAGCUUCGCAGCUUUCCCAGUCAAUGCCUCAAAAGUUACCUUAAGCAUUUUCCAGAUGAUUGGUGUAUAAAUUGUAUUAUUGAUGCAAUAAUUGUAAAUAUUCCUGAUCGCCUUGUAUUUUGUAGGUAUACACUGUAAUGUAAUAUAAUAUAACGAUUAUAAUAAAUUCCUUUAAUCCUUAGCAUCCUAUAAUUGUAUCUGUAUCAGGCUGCAACCCUUUCGCCAACCGCUUCCAACAAAAUGCUCAACUUUUGUUUUCCAAUCUGGUACUGGUAUGGGUAUAAUGCACCUCUUAAGUGCAGUUCUUUUCCCUGGUCAUUGGGUCCACAUGUUUUAAGUGUUGCUGUUGGUAAUCAGUGCAGGAGCAGGCAACUCCACGAGGUACCCAUUUAUACUCCUGGGUGGAGAGAAGCAAUGCAGAUAGUGUGCCUUGCUCAAGGACACAAGCGAAAUGCACAUUUAGGCAUUGAAACCAUGACCUCAAGGCUGGGAAACCAAACCGUUUCCCACUGUGCCAAACAGAUGGUGUUUAACGACUAUUAAGCCGGGCACUUGCUGCAUCGUACAACGUCGUACGCCCUUCUAAUGAUGAUUCCAACUCCACUCCCUGCGACCUUCAUUAAAUGAUGCAACAGCGUCUGCUGAUUUCCGGUAGCAGUCUGAAGGGAUCUUAAUUAAAAACAAUCCAUUGCUCAUGUGUCAUUGCGUUACGUCCUCCAUAGAAUCCACAUUGGCCGAUGACUGGGCUCAGUGAGUGUCCUGCUUCACUGAAAGAUAGAUAUUGUAAUACACAAUGUAUUGUGAUUUCUGUAUUAAUAUUUAAAUAGACAAAACAUAAGUUAAUAAUAUUUCUUUUUGAUGUGGCAUACAAAUUGCAGUGGAUUUGUAUAUACAGUAGUAAUCUAAUCUGUAUUAUAACAAUAGAUUUAUUGAUAUACAAUACUUUGUAUGAAACUUUAAUACAAUGUACUUUUUUGUGACAAGGUUAAAAUCAUUAAAGCAAUAUAUAACAAA